AUGUCUCCGGAGGUGAGGGUGCUGCCCUCCUUGCUGGGACUUGCGCUGCUGUGGUUCCCCCUGGACUCCCACGCUCGAGCCCGCCCAGACAUGUUCUGCCUUUUCCAUGGGAAGCGAUACUCUCCUGGAGAGAGCUGGCACCCCUACUUGCAGCCCCAAGGCCUGAUGUACUGCCUGCGCUGUACCUGUUCUGAGGGUCCCCAUGUGAACUGUUACCACCUCCGCUGCCCACCUGUCCACUGCUCCCAGACUGUGACAGACCCACAGCAGUGUUGCCCCAGGUGUGUGGAACCUCAUACACCCUCUGGGCUCCGCGUACCCCCAAAGUCCUGCCAGCACAAUGGGACCACUUACCAACACGGCGAGAUCUUCAGUGCCCAUGAGCUCUUCCCUGCCCGUCUGCCCAACCAGUGUGUGCUGUGCAGCUGUACCGAGGGCCAGAUCUACUGCGGCCUCACCACCUGCCCCGAACCAGGCUGCCCAGCUCCCCUCCCACUACCUGACUCCUGCUGCCAGGCCUGCACAGAUGGGGUGAGAGAGCAGCCUGCUGAGGAGAACACCGAAGCACACAAUGGGGCGAGACAUUCUCAGGAUCCUUGUGUGGGGGACAGCAUGAGAAAGAGGGCUCUGGGCACUCCGGCCCCCACAGCCCUCAGCCCCCCUUUGGGCUUCAUCCCUCGCCACUUCCGGCCCAAAGGGACAGGCAGCACAACUGUCAAGAUCGUCCUGAAGGAGAAGCAUAAGAAAGCCUGCAUGCAUGGUGGGAAGACCUACUCCCAUGGGGAGGUGUGGCAUCCAGCCUUCCGCUCCUUCGGCCCCCUGCCCUGCAUCCUAUGCAGCUGUCACGAUGGCCACCAAGACUGCCAGCGUGUGACUUGCCCCACCGAGUACCCCUGCCAUCAUCCUGAAAAAGUGGCAGGGAAGUGCUGCAAAGUCUGCCCAGAGGACAAGGCAGACACUGGCCACAGCGAGGUCAGUUUCAGCAGGUGUCCCAAGAUGCCAGGCCGGGUCCUCGUCCACACCUCGGUUUCGCCGAGCCCGGACAACCUGCGGCGCUUUGCCCUGGAGCAUGAGGCCUCAGACCAGGUGGAGAUCUACCUCUGGAGGCUGGUGAAAGGAAUCUUCCACUUGAUCCAGAUCAAGAGAGUGAGGAAGCAAGACUUCCAGAAAGAGGCACAGAACUUCCGGUUGCUCAGCGGCACCCAAGAAGGCCACUGGAACAUCUUCCUCGCCCAGACCCCGGAGCUGAAGGUCACAGCCAGUCCAGACAAAACGACCAAGACUUUAUAA